UGCAGCUUCUCUGUCCUCCAGCAGCAGCAUCAGUUAUGGACUCUCUCAAAGGUCUCGUGAUGAUGUCUCUGAUUUGUGUGUCACAAGGUCAACAGCAAAUGUCAGUGUCAUUCGGAGAUAAUGUCACUCUGCAGUGUCAAAGUCUCAAACAUGAACUCAUCACAGUGUUAAAGUGGAUCAGACCUGAACUGAAGUCAAGUGGUUACGUCUUCUUCUAUCGAAACAAGCGAUCAUACAGAAGCUACCAGCAUCCGUCUUUUGUGGACCGAGUGCAGCUGAAGGAUCCAGAGAUGAAGGACGGAGACGCGUCUGUCACUCUGCACAACGUCAACCUCAACGACACUGGAACAUAUGAGUGUCACGUUUCAGUGAGAAGCUCAGGACUUAGUAAGAGAGUCACAUCUGAGGUUACUCACUUCAUCAACCUCACAGUCACAGACUCAGGUCAAACACGUGAAAGCAAGUCGGAGAAUAUUACCACAGAAAACACAGAAGGAAACAUAUAUUAUGCUAAAGAUGUAAUGGUCUCAAAUCAUAGUGGUUUUGUUGUUGUUGUUGCUGUUGCUGUUGUUGUUGCUGUUGGUGUUGUUGUUGUUGCUGCUGUUGCUGUUUUUCUGAAAAAAUACCAGACAUAUAAGACAGGUUAAAGCUGGAGAUGAAAAGCUGAUCUGAAAGUUCUCACAUCUGUUUAGUUUCAGAAGAGUACAAAACAUGUUCACAUGUAGAUUCAUUGUGUUCAUGCUAUGUAUUGAGCUGUACUGAAAUCUAAUAAAUAAUUA